AUGGUGCACGAAGGGCAACGUCAAGAGAAAACAGUAUGGUGCUCCCAAGUGAGGCUCUGGUCUGUUGCUGUGAUUUCCAUAGCACUCCUCAGCACUUGUUUCAUUAUAAACUGUGUGGUGACUUAUCAUUUUACAUAUGGCAAAGCUGACAAAAGGCUGUCUGAACUACACACAUACCAUUCAAGUCUAACCUGCUUCAGUGAAGGGCCAGGGGUCUGGGGAUGUUGCCCAAGUACUUGGAAGUCUUUUGGUUCCAGCUGCUACUUCGUUUCUACUGAACAGAAUUUUUGGACUAAGAGUGAGCAGAACUGUGUUAGGCUGGGGGCUCAUUUGGUUGUGAUCAACACAAAAGCGGAGCAGAAUUUCAUUGUCCAGUAUCUGAAUACAUCAUUAUCUUAUUUCCUGGGACUCUCAGAUCCACAAGGGAAUGACAACUGGCAAUGGAUUGAUCAGACACAUUAUGAGGAAAAUGUCCGAUUGUGGCACGAGAGUGAGCCCAAUUUUUCUGCAGAAGAAUGUGCUUCAAUUGUUUUCUGGGGUUCUAGAGGAUGGGGCUGGAAUGAUGUUUUCUGUGAUUCUAAAAGGAAUUCAAUAUGUGAGAUGAAGAAGAUUUAUCUAUGAGUGAAACU